AUGCCACUCAAAUCGCCGCAGGAACGUGAGCACUCAGAGGCUAAGAUGGAGCCUCCUAUCUUUGGGGCGAAUGAAGAAUGCUCAGGAUUCUUGGGUUCGGAAAUUGUUGAAUUGAUUGUAGGAAAAUACGAGGAAAGAUUCUUAAUAGAAAAGAAGCUUCUAUGUCGCAGAAUCCCCUAUUUCAGAACAAUCUUUACAAGUAAAGAUACAGGAACCUUGGAGAAUACGGACAGAUUCCCAGAUGACGACUCUGGCGCCUUUUCAAUACUUAUGGAAUGGAUCUAUGACGAUAAGCUACCAAAAUUGGGGGCAAUCUUUUACGACGGCGCAAACGAGAUACAAUUUACUUGGCAACCUGUAUCCCUAUAUUGUCUAGCCGAAAAGUUGCACCUCCACUCUAGCAGACCGUAA